AUGGAUCAGGUCAUGGAUGGAGGCCGGCUACCUCUUGAACAAUGGUUCUGGGAGAUGCCAACAUGCACUCGUUGGUGGACAACCGCUACCAUUCUGACUAGUGCCCUGUACUGGCGACUCUUGACGACGUUUCUCUACUUUGGCCCCUUCUCGCUCGAUCUACUGUUCCACGUCUACUUCCUUCAACGUUAUGCGCGCCUUCUAGAAGAGUCAUCCGGUCGAUCGCCUGCUCAUUUCUCGUGGCUCCUACUUUAUUCAAUGGCCUCCUUGAUCGCUCUCUCGCCCCUUGUUUCCAUGCCAUUCCUCGGCCAUCCGCUCUCCUCAACGCUGGUCUACAUAUGGUCCCGACGUAACCCAGAGACUAGACUGAGCUUCCUCGGCUUACUUGUGUUCACCGCGCCUUAUUUGCCCUGGGUUUUGAUGGGUUUCAGCCUUGUACUGCACGGCACUAUUCCUAAGGAUGAGAUCAUGGGUGUCGUUAUUGGACAUGUUUGGUAUUUCUUUUCUGACGUUUACCCGCCCCUGCACAACGGCUCGCGCCCCCUUGACCCUCCUAACUGGUGGAGGCGUCUGUUUGAGGCCCGACCUCGAGUUGAUGCGGAUGAUAGUACAAACGACAUCAUGGUUGCUGGGGCUCGAGAAGCUGCGCCCCGAGAGCUUUAA